CCACCGAGAGUCAGUGGCCAUAAUACGAACGAACUGCCGCCCCAUGGCUUCCUCCUCUUCCUCCCGUACCCUUUCGCCCUCCUCCGCCUGACCCGCCCCGACCCGGCUGCCGCCCCGCCCCGCCCCGUUCUGCUCGAACGCCGUCCACUUCCCUCUCGCCGUCGCCGCCGUUCCCUGCUCAUCCUCGUCCGCGCCCCUCCAAAUCGCCAUCCCUCCUCGCUGCGUCAGCCGGCGCGCCCGGAUUUCCCGGGCACGGGUUCCGAGUGAGCUGUUGGUACAGGGUAGAACUGCUUAAUGAUACACAUCAGUCUGAUUUUCAGGUUUUAAGUCUGGAAGAUUACCAAGACCCAAGGGUAUUGCCUGAGCAGAGAAGAGUUAAUGAAAAAGCAUUGUUGAUCCAUAAGCAAGGGCAUUGUGGUUGGCAUCAUGCCACAUAGAAAUAUGUGUUGGACACAUCAGGGUGAUAAUCUUGAAUCAGAGGAAGGACAAGCUCAGCCUGAAAAUUACAAUAAUGGUGGCACUGGGAGUAAUUUAUCCAAUCAGGGCGUGCAAGUUGCUCUUGGAGUUCCAGGAAAUACUACUAGUGAUGGAGUCCAUGAUUCACGGAGUUACUAUGAGAGCAUUAAUAAUCAGCGCCAGCAUGCUCAGAAUUUAUACCCAUAUGGAGGCGUUGAUCCGAGUUUUGUCUACCCAUCGACUAUGUACAAUCCCGGUAUGCCAACACCAUCUGUGAACAGAUAUGUUCCUCAUGCAAGUUUUGGACAGGGCAAUCCACCACCCUCACCUUCAUAUCAUCAAGUUGCCACAGGAGCUAGGGAUGUGAGUAGCAGCAGUAGCAGUUUUGGUGAUGCUACCAGACAAUCCAUGAAAACGAGGAAUGCUGUAACUGAGAGUGGCCAUCAUUUUGAUCAUGGAUUUGCAAGCUCGAGUUCAUCUGCUCAUGUGCCUCAGAAUCCUGCACAAUGGACAUGGGGUGCUUCAUUUGAAUCACAUGGUGCACCAAAUGGCUCUUCUGCUGAUGGACCAAACAGGCCAUCACCAAUGGCUACUCACCCAGCAUUGGUGCGUCAUGGUAACUAUGUAUUUCCAGCUGGUCACAUGGGCCAGGGCAAUACAUGGACUACACACCCUGCAAAUGUUAUUGCUGAUGGAGUCCCACACUGGGCAUACAACAAUGCAGUCCACAAUCCUUCAGGUCAGUUUGCUCAUCCAGGAACAAUGGGCAUGCAAAAUGGUAGUCUUCAAGAUUACCAAGCUGGCCCUUCUGCUACUUUUCAUGGGCCUUUACCUCAUUUCAACCAGAUUCCUAUGCAUAGCAUGCAAACUCCUGCUAUGCUUAAUCAUAUUCAGAUGCAAGGGCCUCAGCGUCAAAGCAAUGUAGUGCAAGGUGCUAACCCUUCUGGAAUGGUGCAAGGUGCAAACCCUUCUGGGAUGGUGCAAGGCACAAACCCUUCUGGAAUGGUGCAAGGUGGAAACCCUUCUGGAAUGGUGCAAGGUGCAAACCCUGCUGGAAUGGUGCAAGGUGCAAAUCCUUCUCGAAGGGCGUUCACCUGGGAUCCAUGUCUGCCUUUCUCCAGUUCUGGACAUACUAAUGGACCUCCAGUUCAUGCAUUUUUUACAGAUCAAGUUUACAAUGGGAGUCUAAGACUUCUUCAGCAAGCUGCUAUGGCGACUAUGUCAACAUUUUAUGAUGCAAUACAUCUUAUUGACGAACAAUGGGAUAUGGGGCUAGAUAUAGACAGCAUGACCUAUGAGGACCUUCUAGCAUUGCAAGAACAGAUUGGAGAUGUCCAUACCGGUUUGCCAGAAAGGUACAUCCGUCAAAAUCUGAGGGUACAUCAGUAUGUUGUUCCCAGGGCAGCUCGCGGGUCCGAUCAGUCUGUGGAGAAGGAUGCUUGCAUUAUAUGCCAGGAGGAGUUUGAGGCGAGAGAACUUGUAGGAACCCUCGACUGCGGUCACAAGUACCAUGAGGCGUGCAUCAAGCAGUGGCUGAUGGUGAAGAACUUGUGCCCCAUCUGCAAGGCAACAGCUUUGCCAGCAGAGUGAAGCAGCGGGUGACCGGCGUCAAUAAAUCAUUUGCCGCAGCAGUGACUGAGAUUCAGCUCAGUUUCUUGUAGAUAAGAGAUGUUGGAUGAUUGUGUUAUUUACCUGUAAUUUCCUGUUCGGUUUGUUGUGGACAUAGCCUGCCCCAAAACUGUAUAGCCAGAGAAUGGUUUCAUUUCCUAGACUGCUCUUAGACCCCCAUGGUGCCUGAACUUCUCUCAUCAUGGUUUUCCUAUUGCCCGUUUUAUCUAUUUGUACAUUGUAAUUAGACCUAUAUAUUUCCCUUUGCCAAAAAUCAGAAGUGAGAACUCAAAUGGUUCUUUCUUCUGGAUGCUCUA